CUGCCCUCUCUAUAUUCAAAGACUGACAACACAUUUUCAACCUCAAACUCUCUCUCUCAAUUUUCACUGAAUUCACUGCAUAUCAUUUCCAUCAUCUCUGCCUGCAAUCCAUGCCAUAAUCAAAUGCUCAAGGUAUUCAAUAAGAAGCUCCGCCGCCUCUGCUCCCGACUGGGGUGGCCCCGGCGCCGCACCCGCCGCUCCCGCCCCAAGAUCGUCGUGAAGAAGCUCGGCAAAUCCACCUCCAGAGCUCCCCCCGAUUCCGCCAUCCACCCCAGCUCGGAAUUCGGCGCCGCCAAGCCGAUUAGGUUCGUCACAUUCAAUGCUGCCCUCUUCUCCAUGGCACCAGCUGUCACCACACCAGAACCAGAUCAAUUUAUCGCCUCAAAAUCACUCAAAGGCAUCCUGAAACAGUCUCCCCUGCAUCCCGCCGCCGCUGCCCAGGACAGGCAGCAGAGGUUCGCGAGGUCGAGGCUGAGGGUCUCGAUAAACCUCCCCGAUAAUGAAAUAUCGCUCAAGAGGAGCGGGCAGCUGAGCUUCGACGGGAAGACCAGCGGCAGGGGAAGAGCGGUGGCGGAGGUGCUCAAGGAGCUGAAUGCGGAUGUGGUGGCGCUGCAGGAUGUCAAGGCGGAGGAGGAGAAGGGCAUGAGCCCGCUCUCCGAUUUGGCUGAGGCUCUGGGGAUGAAGUAUGUCUUUGCUGAGAGCUGGGCGCCCGAGUUCGGCAACGCCAUCCUCUCCCGCUGGCCGAUCAACCGCUGGAAGGCCCACCGGAUCUUCGAUGACACCGAUUUCAGGAAUGUACUGAAAGCCACAAUUGAUGUGCCACAAGUAGGCGAGAUCAACGUGUUCUGCACACUCCUCGACCACCUAGACGAGAGCUGGAGGAUGAAGCAAAUGAACGCCAUCAUCCAGUCGACCAGCGUGCCACACAUUCUAGCCGGAGGCCUAAACUCCCUAGACGAAACCGACUACUCCCAAGAUAGAUGGACAGAUAUUGUCAAGUACUACGAGGAAAUGGGGAAACCAACGCCCAAAGUCGAGGUGAUGAAGCAUCUAAAGAGUCGAGAAUACACGGAUGCUAAGGAUUAUGCAGGGGAGUGUGAGUCUGUGGUGAUGAUAGCCAAAGGGCAGAGUGUGCAAGGGACGUGCAAGUAUGGGACGCGAGUGGACUACAUAUUAUCAUCAGCAGACGCACCUUACAAGUUCGUCCCAGGCUCAUACUCGGUGGUCUCAUCAAAAGGGACUUCUGAUCACCACAUUGUGAAAGUUGAUGUGAUCAAAGUAGGCAGCAGCGGUGCUGAGCAGAAGGCACGGCUGCAGCAGAGGAGGCCGACUCUCAAGUUUACACAUUCUUCGUCUCCAUCAAAGGCUGUGUGGAAGAUGCAUUCAUGAGGAAUACUUUGCAAAAAAUAUCUCUUUUUUUUCUUUGAUUUGAUAUGAUUUGGUUAGCUGAUUUAGUUUGAUGAUUGAGAGAAUAGAGAGGUGGUGAUAAAUUUUAAUUAUAGGCUGCUUCCUUUUGCACAUGAGUUUAAAUAUCUGAUGUAGAGGGGGUAAAAAGAGUGCUAAGUUCAAACAUGAAAUGUGACUGUGAUUGUGUAGAUAGAUUCAUAUGUGACUGUAAUUUAAUUUGUUUCA